AUGGAAGCCAAAGUCACAGGUUCUUCAACCCCACGGUCUCCGGUUUACCGAGCUCUUCUCCGAGCAGGCCCGUCUCUCAGAGCCCUGCAACAAGUUCAUGGCCACAUUGUUGUCUCCGGCUCUCACCGCAGCCGAGCUCUCCUCACCAAGCUUAUAACUUUGGCUUGCGAAGCCGGCUCAAUUUUCUACACUCGGCGGCUCUUCCUCUCUGUUCCAAACCCUGACUCUUUCCUCUUCAAUUCCCUCAUCAAAGCCUCUUCAAAGUUUGGGUUCCCCCAACACACUGUUUUCUUCUAUAACCGUAUGCUUGGUUUCCGUAUUGCGCCUUCGAGUUACACCUUUACGUCUGUGAUUAAAUCGUGCGCCGAUAUUUCGGCUCUGAGACUCGGUAGAUGUGUUCAUUCGCACGUUUUGGUAUGUGGGUAUGGCUCGGAUUCAUUUGUUCAGGCCGCUCUAGUUACCUUGUACUCCAAGUCUGGUGAUUUGGGUGCUGCUCGGAAGUCGUUUGAUAAAAUGCCAGAGAGGAGCGUUGUAGCUUGGAAUUCAAUGAUUUCGGGUUACGAGCAAAACGGGUUUUCGAGGGAAGCGAUUGAGGUGUUUAAUCAGAUGCGGGAAUUGGGUGUUGAACCUGAUUCGACAACUUUCGUGAGUGUCUUAGCGGCUUGUUCUCAGUUGGGAGCUCUUGGUUUAGGCUGUUCGGUGCAUCAUGAUGUUAUUAACAAUGGGCUGCAUGUGAAUGUAGCUCUAGGUACUUCGCUAAUCAUCAUGUAUGCUAGAUGUGGGAAUGUGAGCAAAGCGCGAGAAGUUUUUGAUUCGAUGAACGAACGAAAUGUCAUAGCUUGGACGGCUAUGAUCUCAGGGUACGCAAUGAAUGGUUAUGGCAUUCAAGCUGUGGAACUCUUUUGCCAAAUGAGAGCUCAUGGCCCUGUUCCUAACACUGUCACAUUUGUGGCAGUCUUGGCGGCGUGCGCUCAUGCAGGGCUAGUUCACGAAGGGUGGGAGACAUAUGCAAACAUGAGGCAAGAGUAUGGCUUAGUGCCAGGAGUGGAGCACCAUGUUUGCAUGGUCGAUAUGCUUGGGCGUGCUGGACUUCUCACCGAAGCAUAUCAAUUGAUUAAAGAGCUUGGUCCUGAGGAGGCCGCCCCAGCUGUUUGGACUGCCAUGCUUGGGGCUUGCAAGAUGCAUAAGAACUUCGAUCUUGGAGUAAUAGUUGCUGAGCAUCUUUUGGAGGUUGAGCCUGAAAAUCCAGGUCAUUAUGUAAUGCUUUCGAAUAUAUAUGCACUGGCAGGUCGGAUGGAUCGAGUGGAAGUGGUUAGAAACAUGAUGAUGGGAAGAAGCUUGAGAAAGCAAGUUGGCUAUAGUACAAUAGAUGUGAACCAGAAAACGUACCUGUUUAGCAUGGGUGACAAGUCCCAUCCCGAGACAAAUGAAGUUUAUCAGUAUUUAGAUGAACUGAUGUCGCAGUGCAGGGAAGCAGGUUAUGCUCCCGUACCUGAAUCAGUGAUGCAUGAAGUGGAAGAAGAAGAGAGGGAAUAUGCCCUUAGAUGUCAUAGCGAGAAGCUUGCGAUCGCAUUUGGGCUACUGAAAACCAAGGAUGGCAUGGCCAUUAGGAUUGUAAAGAACCUUCGAAUGUGCGAGGAUUGCCAUGAAGCAAUUAAGUUUAUGUCAGUUGUUACCAAAAGAGAAAUUAUUGUUCGUGAUAAGCUUCGCUUCCACCACUUCAAAGAUGGCUCUUGUUCAUGUAUGGAUUACUGGUGAGCCUGAGCUGGUCCAACUAAUUGCCUGGUAGCAAUGCUUUGUGAGCCUGAGCUGUUAGAGGAUUUCAGCUAUCCCUUACCAGAAAGAGAAGACUCAUAAUUUUUAGGGUCUUUUGCAUUGCUUGGACAGCCAACAGAAACGCAUGGCAGAUCAUUGUUGCAGGGAUCAAGUGCAAUGCUAUGACUUUCUGGUCCAUCUAUGGAAAGGCCAUUACCAAUUGUUGUCAGAACUGUGAUCAAUCAGAUUGUAAGUCGAAAUGCUGAAUUGCAUAACCGAAUCAGAGAUGCCCUGGACGAUUGAUUCUUCGUUAGGCCAGGCGAAAUAUGUCAAGGUCUAACUAGAUUGUGUUAUUGAAGACCCUCUUGCUCUUGAUCUUGCAUUAAAGAAUCAUGUAUAGUUAU